GUGUUUAGUGGUCAGUUGGUAGUGGUGAGGCAGCAGCCAUGAUGGGUCCUACUCUGCUUCUGGCUCUGCUGGCCCUAUCUCAACCUACACAGGGGGGCCUUAAUACAGAACUUUUCUCGGACAUUGCAGAUGCCCUGUAUGAUUACGCCUACUAUGAUUACACUGAAUCGCCGGAUUCCACCGCAACGGACUAUGACUUGAGCUGGCUGACAGACCUCUUUGAUGAGCCAAAUGAAUGUGACCCAAACCCGUGCCUGAAUGAGGGCACCUGCGAGCCCAAGUCCAGAGGUGGCUACACCUGCUCCUGUCCACAGACAUACAGCGGCAAGCACUGCGAGAAAUAUGUGAAUCCCUGUAAGAAAGUCAACUGUGGCUCUGGUGAAUGUGUGUUGACCAGCACGGCUCCCUUCUACGAGUGCGUGUGCAAACCUCCAUUCCGACCGCCAAACUGCAGAAAAGCUGCAGCGUGCAAGACUAACCCGUGCCUGAACGGGGGGAGUUGCCAGAAGGGCCGCACCAGGUCCCAGUUCACCUGCCUCUGCCCGGCCGGAUACAGCGGCAAGCUCUGCCAAGUCGCGCCUGGUGAUUGCUAUAGCGGUGACGGGGAGUCGUACAGGGGCAUGGUGAGCGUGACAGAGGAGGGGAAAGACUGCCUUCCCUGGAACUCCCACAGGGUGCCCUACAACCAGCUCGACAUGCUGGAGGGCCUCGGACCACACAGCUACUGCAGGAAUCCUGAUGGGGAGGCUGCCCCCUGGUGCUUUGUGAAGGCCAAGAAGAGGGUGGAGUGGGAGUACUGCAACGUCACCUCCUGUGACCACGACAACGUCCACCCCACCGUAGUUGUACCUACAAAGCCCUCCGGUCCCGAUCCCGUGCCUUCCCAGAAGCCCACCACACAGCAGUUUGCCACGUGUGGCAAGCCAGAGCCGGGUCGAGCCUCCAGCCGGAUAUUCGGUGGCAGCAAGGCGGCACCCGCGGCCCACCCAUGGCAGGCCUCGCUACAGGUCAGACGCAAACGCUCCAACGACGAGUUCUCCCACCACUGUGGCGGCAUCCUCAUCGCCUCCUGCUGGGUCCUCACGGCCGCACACUGCAUCAACCGUAUCCAUGAGAUGCAGGUGGAGCUGGGUGGCGUGAUGCUCUAUAAGAAGGAGGACUCGGAGCAGAUCAUCCCCGUGGAAGACUUCAUAGUGCACGAGAACUACAAGGAGUCUAAAGUGGCCCUGCACAACGACAUCGCUCUUCUGAAACUACAGGGUCCUAAGGGCCAGUGUGCUAAGGAGACGAGGUACGUGAAGACAGCCUGCCUGCCCCCUGGACCACUACCAGACUCCUCAGAGUGCACCAUAUCCGGAUGGGGGGAGACAGAAACAGAGUACUGGAGCUCGAGGCUGUUGUCAGCGCAGGUGCGUCUGAUCUCGCAGCAGCGGUGCUCGGCCCCUAACGUCCUGGAGGAUCGCCUUGACGACAGCAUGCUCUGUGCAGGCAAAAUGCAGGGAGGAGUAGACACCUGUCAGGGGGAUUCUGGGGGUCCCCUGGUCUGCCAGAAGGACGGCGUCCACUACAUCUACGGCGUGGUCAGCUGGGGCGACGGCUGCGCCCUGAAAAACAAACCGGGAGUGUACGCACGAGUCACCAAGUUUGUGGACUGGAUCAACGAGAAAAUGCGAACAGGCUAAAGGCAUGAGAGAGAGAGAGAGAGAGAGAGAGAGAGAGAGAGAGAGAGAGAGAGAGAGAGAGAGAGAGAGAGAGAGAA